AAUAUAAAUCUAGAAUAUUACAUUGCAAUUUCUGUUCGUGGCAAGGCUGGUUAGAAUUUUGACUAUGGCUGUGGACGGCUUUUCUCCUUUGCUUGCAAUUCGCUCUAGCGUGGGAAUAGAACUAUGGGCUUCGUCGGGGCCAAAGCAGCCGUACGAGCACAAGUCUAACCUUCCACGAGAGGAGACGAAGAAUUCUCGAUCGAUUUCAUUCAGCCCAGAGGGACGAUAUUUUGCCUACUCGAAUGGCCACGAAGUUAAGAUAAUGCAAACGCAAGACUGGCAGCUGAAAUGUAUACUGCCACGUCCGAAAGCUUUCUAUCUUAAAUUCUCACCGCGUGGCAAUUACAUUUGCACCUGGGAACUGUACGCAAUCUCUAAAGAUAUACCAGAAGGUUCGCCAAAUAUGUUCGUGUAUGACAUUGCUACUGGCGAAGAAGUUUUCAGCAUUGUACACAAGAAGCAAACUGAUUGGGAACCUUCAUGGUCAUCAGAUGAGUCACUUUUUGCCUUAGUAGUGGAUAGUAAGGCUCUAUUUUACGAUUUGUCUGCGGGUACAAGUGACUUUAAAGCAACAGCCUUAAGGAUCGACAGCAUAAGGGGUGCUGUACUUUCAGUCGGUCCGGGAAAUAGUCCGCCGUAUGUCGCAUUGUAUACACCUGGCACCAAAGGAGCACCAUCCAUGUGUAAGCUUUACAAUUAUUCGUGUUUCACUCAGCCACUGGCUUGCAAAAACUUCUUCAAUGCAGACCGGGUGGAAAUGUUAUGGAAUAAACGCGGCUCCGGUCUCUUGUUGUUAACUAGUACCGAGGUCGACAAGAGUGGGGCCUCAUAUUACGGCAACCAAGCUUUGCAUUUUCUUGCCACCAAAGGAGACUCAUGUUCAGUUCCAUUGGCAAAAGAUGGUCCAGUUCACUGUGUCAAAUGGAACCCCAAAGCUACAGAAUUUGUAGUAGUGUAUGGUUUUAUGCCUUCUAAAGCCGCGCUUUACAAUUUAGGAUGUGAUGUGAUCUUUGACUUUGGGGAGGGGCCACGUAACUGCGCCUACUUCAAUCCGUUUGGAAAUCUAGUCGUUUUAGCAGGUUUUGGUAAUUUACCAGGAAACGUAGAGAUUUGGGAUGUUAAGAUGAAAGAAAAAUUAGCAAACAUUAAGUGUCCUGAUACUACACACUUUGAAUGGAAUCCAAAUGGUGAAUACUUUGUCACUGCAACUACUUCCCCAAGAUUACGUAUCGGUAAUGGUUUCAAAGUUUAUCAUUAUUCCGGAGCUUUAAUGCAUGAAACUAUAUGGCCUCAAGGACAGGAGUUAUUAGCAGUGGAAUGGCAACAGUUUGCUGAUAACGCCUUCACCGAACCUACAAUCACCAAAACUAAGCAGGAGGGUAUUAAAUCCAGCCAACCAGAGGCAAGCAAAAAGGCAUAUACUCCACCACAUUUGCGACUCAAGAAGGAAGGAAAAAAUCCAGAGAAAUUGAUACAGCCUCUUUGUACAAUACCAGGACUACCACCAGGCUAUUCUUCCUCCCAAACCAACAACAAUAAAAGCGACAGAAGAUCGGGCGGUCAAAAAUCGCAACAAAAUCAAAGAGGCAAUAAAUCUAAAACUAAAAAAGUCGAUCAAAACAAUGAUAUAAAUAGUGCUAAUAACAUAGGAGUCAGCGCUUCUGUACUCUCAACCAAGGCCCAUAAUUCGAGCGGUGAUACACUGGGAAGAUCAGUAGUUGAUAAUGAAGCCAACGCCAACAGUGGUACAGGCAAUGGAGGUGAACAAAAGCGCAACCCUAACCAACGCCGUCAACAACCACAGCAGAAGCAACAAAAAAGACAGCCCCAAAGGCGCCCUCUUCCAAUAGCAGAGUAUAAUUCCAAUCUAGUUGUUACCAAUAACAACACGCAGGAGAAUCCACAGCCGACGCAAGAGCAAGAAAAAUUAUCUCAGCAGCAUUCGUUACAGACGAAUCAAUCUUCAAAAAAGGCUACUAAUCCAGAGAAAGAAAAAAAAAUACGCAAUGUUGCCAAAAAAUUAUCAGAUAUUAAAAAACUUAAAGCCCGUCAGGAGCAGGGCGAAGUCUUGGAAUUAAAUCAACUGAACAAAAUUUCGAUGGAGGCAAAGUUUUUAGAAGAACUUAGAGCUUUAAAACUGUCCGCCUAAUUUAACUCAAAUAUUUGGAAAUUUCCCAAAUAGAAAAACCUUUGUGCACACACAUUGCUAAUAUCUUUCUCGCUUUUAACCCACUCUCCCCCUCAUCUAU